AGACGUACCAGUCCUCACAGAACAUAGUUUCCUCAAGCCUCGAGUUGAAAAAUGCCAGAGACCAAGGGAACCUGUCGCUGCAAGACUGACUGUCACUGUCAGUCCACGACUUGCGGAUGCAAGCCAAAGUGCGAUUGCGCAUCCACCUGUCACUGCAAGCCCGAGCACAACCCCGCCUGCGGUAAUCCGCACGACGCCGUCGCAUUCCUUCGGUCUUACAACACUUCGGUGCACGACCACUUUUACACCACGAACGCCGGGGAAAUGGAGACAGCGAUCACCAGCCUCGGGUACUCCUCUGAGGGCGAUGCCUGCUACGUGUUCAAGACCCAGGUGGGCGCAACGAUCCCGCUAUACCGCACAUACGACCCGACGGUCUACGACCACUUCUACACGACAUCGCUAGAGGAGCGCAACGAGGCGGUCGCCAAGAACGGACACGUCGCUGAAGGCAUCGCGGCGUACGUAUAUGGCACCCAAAUCUGCGGCAGCAUUCCCUUGUAUCGCGUCGAGAAUGCGAAGAUUGCAGAUCACUUCUACACCACGUCGCUGAGCGAGCGCAACAAUGCCAUCAGCUCGCUCGGAUAUGUAGACGAGGGCAUCUCGUGUUACGUGUUGCCGGUCCCCGGGUCCUAAAAGGACAUGCUACAAACGGAUGCAUUACUAGCCCACAUAAGAAAAUCGCGUGGGGGCUUCGGAGAUAGGCCUUUCCGAACUUGUCAUUUUAUUGUCAGGUGUUCGCGUAUAUGUCAUAUCGUGGCUGUGUUUUACAUUCCUCUUGUAAUUCAUUUGAGACGAUUGUUCGCCGAUCUCUAGUAUUGUUGAGCAUCGCUUACACCGUG